CGGUAACCCGGAAUCUUCCAUUUCUAAGAUUCCUUCCUGUUCUGUACAUUUUAAGGAGGCAGUGUCAGUGGAUGCUGGAUGAUUGUUAUUUGGACAUUCGCUUGUUACGUGUUGAAUGACCUGCAGUGAUCCACAAGAACAGCACAUCCAUGCUUACUCGACCCUGCACUUUUAUACUGUUCAUUUUGUGGAUAACCAUGGCCUAGAUUCCUGGCCAGGAGGAUAAAGAGAAAACAACUGCACUGAAAGAAUAGACUUAGACGAACUAAUGAAGAAGGAUGAACCUCCACUCACUUUCCCCAAGACGCUUGAAGAGUUUGAGUACACUUUCAACGAGCAGGGCCAGUUGAGGCACACCACGACAGGGGAGGCGUUUGCGUUCAACGCCCGAGAGGAUCUCCACAGGUGGAAUCAGAAACGUUACGAGGCGUUGGGAGAGAUCGUUACACAGUAUGUUUAUGAACUGUUGGAGAAGAAGUGCAAUAUGACGAAAGUAAUCUUGCCAGUGGAUGUGACAGAGGAGGAGCCCAGGAGUUUCAUCUACCUGAGUGCUGAUGCCAUGUCCAACCCUGCCAAGCUGCUGGUGCACAUCCAGGGGGACGGGGUGGUCCGGGCCGGCCAGUGGGCACGACACCUCAUCAUCAACCAAGACCUGGACUCAGGGACACAGAUCCCCUUCAUCACCCGCGCCAAGGAGGAGGGUUACGGUGUAAUGGUGCUCAACCCCAAUGAGAACCACCUGGAGGUGGAGAGGCCGGCCAAGCCCACCCCCCUGCCCUCCCCCGAGGCCUCGGACGAACCCACCGAGAAGAGAGAGCGCAAGGACAACCGGGAGAGCAAGAAGAAGAGGGACUUCUACGAGAAGUACCGCAACCCGCAGAAGGAGAGCGAGACAGAACAGAUCCCCAUACGAGAAAACGGCUCCCCCGAGGAACACUUGCUGUACGUGUGGGACCACUUUGUGUCCAACGCUGGCGCCAGGAAUGUCUUUAUCGUGGCGCACAGCUACGGAGGCUUGUCAUUGGUGGAGCUGAUGUGUCAGAGAGAAGCUCAGGUAAAGGACAGGGUGUGUGCCGUGGCCAUGACCGACUCCGUCCACAACAUCUGGCACCAGGAUGCCAGCAAGAGCAUCCAGGAGUGGCUGCAGCAGCUCUCGCCCUUUCUGGUGUGA